UCCAGCUGUGCACCAUGUGGCACGCCCUGCUGCUGCUACUGCUGUUGCCGCCAUCCACGGUGCUGCGCCCAGGCCGGGCAGAGACUUCCCAGCGCAUGGUCCCGAUCUUCUGGCUCACUCAUCAGGGUCCCGGGGCGAGCGCGAGCAGCAGCACCACCAGCUCGCCCUGCGAGGUAAUUCCCGCCGCUGCGACCACAGAUUUAAACCUGGCGAACCGCAGCCUGGAGCUCUUGCCCAGCUGCCUGCCGCCUGCGCUGCGCAGCCUCGACGGCAGCCACAACCUGCUGCGCGCCCUGAGCGCGCCGGAGUUGGGCCACUUGCGGCAGCUGCAGGUGCUCACGCUGCACCACAACGACAUCGCGACACUGCGCUGGGGGCCCGGUGGGCCGGCGGCGCUGCACACGCUGGACCUCAGCUACAACCGCCUGGCCGCUUUGCCGCGGUGCGACGCGCCGGAGCUGCCCAGUCUCCGUGCGCUACAGCUUUCCGGGAACCCGCUGCAGGCGUUGCAGCCACAGGCCUUUGCGUGCGUGCCUGAGCUGCGGCUACUCAACCUCUCCUCCACGGCGCUGGGCCGCGGGGCGUCGUCGGCCUUCUCCCAGGGGGCGUUUGUGGGGACGGCCGGCACACCCCUGGCCAUAGAGGUCCUGGAUCUGAGCGACACCUUCCUGGAGCGUGUGGACUCGGGCUGGAUGCAAGACCUGCCAAAUCUCACACACCUCUACCUGAGACGGAUGCCCAGGCUGAGGACCCUGGAGGGGGACAUCUUCAAGAUGACGCCGCACCUGCAGCACCUGGACUGCCAGGAUUCCCCGGCACUUGCUUCGGUCCACACGGCCAUCUUUGAAGACACUCCUCGGCUCCAGCAUCUCCUGCUGCAGAACUGCAACCUGACUUCCUGGCCGCCUUGGACCCUACAUUCCUCCCAGGUCCUGUCCAUCAGCCUCUUUGGCAACCCCCUCACAUGCAGUUGUGAGUUGUCAUGGCUCCUCUUGGAUACUAGCAGAACCGUUCUCAGCAGGGCAGCGGAAACCGUGUGUGCCCCUGCUGCGGGAUCCAGCGGCCCCUUCUCGGCGACUGUCUCCCUCUUGCAGCUGCCCCGCGUGUGCCAGGCCGACCAAAACACCACCCGUGCUGCUCCAAAUGCCCCCUUCUUUGGUGCCGCGCAUACCGCAUCCACACAGGGGCCCGACGCCGCCUCCAAUCAGCCUACAGCGGGCCAGCGGAGCGUUACCAAAGCUCCCUCCCUCUCGGACACAUCCAGAUCCUCAGUGGGUAACCCCCCAAGUCCUGUCCCUACUCUGCCAAGUUCCUGGGUCACGCCCCAGCCUCAGCAGAGGACACAGAGUGGCACCCGGGCUCCCCACCCGAGCCCUUCAGAGGGCAAGAACCCUGUCUUCCUGAUGGGCGACUACAGUGAUGAAGAGGAGGAGGAGGAGGAAGAGGAGGGCACGCUGGCGGAGGUGGGGGCGCCUGCCCCCGACGUCUUUUGCGAUUACCAUCCCUGCAGGCACCUGCAGACCCCGUGCGCCGAGCUGCAGAGGCGCUCGCGGUGCCGGUGUCCGGGCCUCAGCGGUGAAGACGUGGCCCCCGACCCGCCCCGGCUGCAGGCCGUGUCGGAGACGGCGGACACGUGGGCGCUGGUGCACUGGUGUGCCCCCACCUCGGUGGUGCGCACGUACCAGAUCCGCUACUCCGUCGAGGGCCCAGCGGGGAACCAGUCGGUGGUGGCGGACAUCCCCGCCACAGCGCGCCAGCACCUGCUGUACGGGCUCGCGCCGGCCACCACCUACCGCGUGUGCGUGCUGGCCGCCAACCGCGCGGGCCUGAGCAGGCUCCGGGCCGCAGCCCGCAGGAGCGCAUGCACCGCCUUCAGCACCAGGCCCAGCACGGGGCUCGUCCUGGCAGGGCUGGGCGCUGUCAGCGGCCUGCUGCUCCUUUGUAACGUCGUGCUAGCCGCGUGCCUCUGCAGGCGGUGCAGGACCCCAGGUGCCCCGCAGCCUCCGGACACGCACCUGGUGGCCUAUAGGAACCCGGUCUUUGACUCUCCGCUGAAGCUGCAGCCCCUCAAUUAG